CUUAUUCACUGGACGGUUAUGUGUAAACAUUGAAUGGUGGCAGAUGGUGAGAGAAAUUAAGUCUUCCCUCUCAAGGGAGAUGCCUUGAUAUGGAAAGAAGACAGAGUAGCAUAGUCGAGAACAAGAGAGAAUGGGGAAUACCAGCAUAAAGGAAGCGGAUGAGUGGACAGAAGGCAGUCACAGCCUUGAUAUUUCUUGUAAAUUCACCCCAAGUCAGUAUCUUAAGCACACAUCUGGGGAAUUUAUUGAAGGCUGUCUGUCUGCUCUGCCAUGGGAAAUAUAUUACAACACUGUCUCUAUGUAUGAGAGCGUAAAUGCUAGUUUUAAUUUCAUCAAUGAGAUUCCAGAGGAGCUGAGUCUUCACAUACCACAUCUACGAUCUCUCAAUAUCAGUCAUAACCAAAUCACCAGUCUUCCCAACUCCUUCAGUCUUCUGCUUCAUCUGCGAUUGUUAGAUCUGUCACACAACAAGCUGAGAGUACUGCCGCAACCUCUUACCCGCUUACAACAGCUCCAUACUCUCAAUGUGGCCAAUAAUGGUCUCUCUGAGCUGCCAGCAACUAUAUCAAAACUUCAGAGUCUAGAGAAACUGAAUGUGAGCAACAAUCGUCUACGAGCACUUCCCGGCACUCUAGUGGAGUGCCCCAGGCUCCAUGUAUUAGUUACUGGUGGGAAUGAUCUUAUCCAUCCACCUCAAGCCAUCUGUGAUACCGGCUCAGAAGCCACAUUACAGUUCCUAAGAGAGAGGCAUCUACCCACCAGUCAACAGGGUACUGCAGUGAAGAGGAGUGUAUUUACUCGAGUAAGAGGACAGCAGGUGUUGGCCAGUGUGUCUAACCCAGAGUCUGCAAGUAUGGAAUACCGUCAGGCCCAGGGAACAUCACGGACAAAUAAGCGCAGGUGCCCAUUGAUGCCACCAGUUUCUGCAAGUACCCUUAAGCCUGACCAGCUCAGAGAUAUGCUUCUUGGGUUGUUAUAUGGCAUGGCAAUUGGUGAUGCUAUGGCACUGAGCACUGAAGGAUUAAAUGUUGAUGAGUGCCUCUUCUUUUACGACCCGGAAAAUCUCUCCUUGGACGAUAGAAUUUCUGAUUAUCUUCGUGCACAUUUUCCUCCCCAUGACUGGUCUUCCAAUACUGAUAUUAUGUUGCUAACACUAGAGUCUUUGAUGAGAUGGGGAGGUGUUGUGGAUGAGCUGGAGCUGGCCUCACAACUUGACCAGUGGAGGAUUCAUGGGUAUGCUGACCUUGAUCCCUCACUCUGGUCACCUGCUCUUCCAUUCAUUGGUGAAAAAGUGAUAACUAUGGAGGGCUACUCUGCCAACCCUCAUGCUGCUGCACAAGCUGUCUAUAGGCAAGUGAAAGAAGAAAUGUCAAGAGGAAUACACACUGUGCAAUCCCAGGAUACAUCUCUGUCUCCCUUCUGUUCUCUCCUAGGGGUUCCAAAUUUCUACAUGGAUCAUGAAGUUAAGAUGAAUGCAGAGAGAAUUUGCAAAGCUACACAUGCUGACCCGGUGGCACAAGCAGCUUGCAUUUUCUUAGCUCUUUUAAUAUCUUCAGUACUUCAGGGUAAAGCUGGUGAUGGUGCUGCUUCUAUCACCUGCCUAAUUAAUGACUUGAAGGAGGCUGUAGAAGUGUAUCUCUCGGACAGUAAGGACAAGAAGAGAUUUAAUUCAGCAUUUCUGAAUAAAGAUAUAAAAUCGCUUCAUGGUUGUGAUGUUUUGACUUCUUUAAGUUUGUUGAUGAUUUCCUUGUCAAGUGAAAAUUAUAAUUUCAAAGAGCAGAUUACACGUAUUAUAAUGAGAGGUGGUGAUGGAGUGUGUGUUCAUGCAAGUGUUGUUGGUAGUGUCCUGGGCGCUCUGCUUGGAUAUUCACAACUCCCACAAGACUGGCUAUUUCAGCUUCCUCAAGAAAAUAUUGAAUUGAUGAAUAAUAAACUAAAUUUGUUACUAGAUCUCUUUGGAUUGCCAUAAAUACAGAAAAAAAUGUAUUUCCCAUUAUGAUGAAACACUAUUGUAGAAGGAUUUGUGUUAACAGGUAUUUUUUCUCAAAUUGUCAAAGCAUGCAUGAAAUAAGACACUUUUUACUCCAUGAAUUGUAAUAAUAAUAAUGAAAAGUUUUGUAAAAUUGCAGCAAUUCUUCGUGAAUGUUUUAUUUUUUAAUGGCCCACUAUAUUCACCUAUGUACUCACCUAUAUGUGGUUGCAGGGGUUGAUUCACAGCUCCUGGCCCAUAUACUGGCACUUGAAGGUGAAAAUUAAUUAUCCAAGGUGCUAUGUUAGAUCAAACAUUGACAUGAAACUAAUGUACUCAGUAUAUAUUAUGUAAAAUGCUGCUAGACCAAUAUAUUCAGUGUGAAUUAUCUUAAUUCUUUAUUCCAAGGGAGUAGGUCUGUCUUGUUUUCACUCUAUAUAAUCACUAGACACUCUUCAUUUUUUUAGAUUUUUAUUAAUAGUGUUCUUAUAGCAAAGUGAACUCCAGUGGAGAUAAUAAAACAGCAUACUGUAUAACAUUAGUAAUAUAUAUUUUUCAUCAUUCUGCUUAGCUGUAUUGGAUUGUAUUUCAUGAAGCACAAAAUCUGUGUGGGUAAUUUAGUGAAAGGAGCAGUGAAGACUCAAUUUUCCGUCCGAUAAUCACAGUCUAAUGGUCUCUGACCAGUCAGGCUGAAGACAGCCUAAGUGUGAAGCUCAGCUGUACUACUCUCAUACCGUAAUAAUGUUGGUAGAAUUACUGACAAUAUGUUAGGUAAAAGGACAUGUGUGCAACUAAUUCAACAUUUUAUUGUGACAAUUUUUUGCUCUCCAGGAGCUUUGUCAAGCUUCUAGAGAGCAAAACAUUGCAACAGUAAAACAGUUGUACAUGUGUCCUUUUACCUAACAUAUACUUAUACUACUGUUUUAUUGUCUCGCUGUGGUUUAUUUGCGCUGUUGACCAGUUUUAUUACCUUGUUGUUUUUGGUUAUAGAUCUUAUCUUUAAUCUUCUUCCAGACAAUAAUAUAACGGAGCUUUGCCAUAUAUCACUGCUGCCAUUAUAUUCAUAGUAUGUACAUUAUAUUUUCUUACUACAUUUUCAACACAUUGCAAGGCAGCAAAUGACAUCCUUGCAACAGUUUAUUCACAUUGUGAAUAAAAUUUUAUAUAGUCA